AUGUCUCGUUUUUGGUCUACCAUCCUCGUUGCAGUCACGGCCACUGCCAUCCCUUUCUCUCCCAAUCAAUCCCGAUCCCAACCUUUCUCCCAAGAAUCUCUCUCGCCAUGGGAUGCCGGCGCCGUAACCCAAUUCCCUAUUCAUUCUAGUUGCAAUGUCACCCAACGUCGCCAGCUCGAGCUGGCUCUAAACGAAACCAUCGAGCUCGCAGAUCACGCAAAGGCGCACAUUCUUCGUUGGGGCAAUGAAAGUGACAUCUACCAAAAAUACUUUGGCAACCGGCCACCCUUCGAAGCAAUUGGCGCAUUUGACAUUGUUGUGAAUGGGGAAAAGGGAGACGUGCUCUUUCGAUGUGAUAACCCCGAUCACAACUGCGAUCUUGAAGGCUGGGGAGGCCACUGGCGCGGUGAAAAUGGCACUGAUGAAACCGUCAUCUGUGACCUGAGCUUUGAAACCCGUCGUUCCCUGACCACCAUGUGCGCCUUUGGUUAUAACGUCGCCGAGUUCGAGACAAAAGUCUUCUGGUCAUCGGACUUGCUGCAUCGUCUAUACCAUAUGCCGGCGUUCGGGCAGAACACCAUCGACCAUUACGCUGAUGGUCAUGCUGAGGUUAUCGAGAUGGCUGCUGGAAACAAGACAUAUUCAACACGCGACUCGGAGACCCUGCAGUAUUUUGCUCUCGAGGCGUAUGCGUAUGAUAUUUCUCUUCCGGGAGAGGGAUGUCCAGGGCCGCAGGAGGAGCAUGGAAAUGAGUCGCCGACUGGAACGAGUGAUGCAGAUGCUACACCAUCUCCAUCGUCUUCGGAGACCCCUGAGAACUGCCAUACUCACGAUGGAGGGGUUUUGCACUGUACCUAA